CCAAUGCAACCGAAGAUGCCGUCAGCCAGGCCUGGUCUUAGAAGCCCUACCAACACGCCUUUUCAAAAUCUCGUAGCCAAGACCGCAAAAGGAAAGGUAUCAGUGACCUUGUUUUUCCUGCCACGUGAUGAGGAGAAGAAUAGAAGAAAGGAGAAAAAGGGGGUGGUUCUGGUCGGGUAUAAAUAUUGGAUCCCUGGACUUUCACCACCAGUGGAACUCGACAGCUGUCCUACGAUACACGUCAUCAUGAAGCUCGCCAUCAUUGCCUGCCUGGCCUGCGUGUCUCUGGCCGCCCCACAACAGCUGCUCCCGAAUCCCGUGGCCAUCACGAGGGACGAACGAACCGAUAACGGAGACGGGACUUUCAGCUACGUCUUCGAGGCCGACAACGGCAUCGCCGCCCAGGCCUCCGGCGUGCAGGGCUUCCAGGGGCAGUCCAACAUUGAAGGAUCCUACAGGUUCCCCCUCGACGACGGCAGCGGCUUCGUCGAGGUGAGGUACGUGGCUGACGAAAACGGCUUCCGUGCCGAGUCUCCCUUCCUGCCCACCCCCCACCCAACUCCCGCCCACGUCAUCGAACUCCUGAGGAUCGCCGAGGAACAGAGAGCUGCAGGAAUCACCUUCGAGUAAUGGACGCUGUUCCUGAGGUUGUGAUAAUGGAAGAUCAGACGACAGACGCUGGCAAAGACAUGCUGGCGAUACGGCUGAAAUGGUUCUAAAGUGAAGAAUUAUAAUAUGGCUUAAAUGGCUUUAAAAUGAAUUAAAAUCACGAUAAGGGUAACGUAGUAGUAACAGUGAAUUUGUAAAAAAAAAAAAAAAAAAAAAAAAAAGACAAUCCUGAAAAAGAUUACUUCCUAUAGAGAAAAUCAUGUCUUGUAAUCACUACUCAUAUAAAAUAAAAGCCUAUCUGAUUUCCAACCCACAUAUCAAAGAAGAAAGAAAGCCUAUUAAGGCGUACGAUCACUCUGUAAUUACUAACUUGAUUUUUCAAUUUUACGGGAGCAAUAUUUUUUUGAACGAAGCGGAAAAAUCCGGAAUAUUUAUAACUAUGAGUACAAUAAAACCAACUUCCAACCUAAACAA